AUGACUCUUUCUUCUAAAGAAGUAUUUUACACUCAACAGACGAACUCGCGGCAGAGAUUUUGUGAAGCUAGCGAAAGGUCCGCCGAGGACAACCGCAUCAACAAUGAUCACCUGCAAUAUAGGAUCUGCCGCCCAAACAAGAUACGGGAGCUAGAACGAGUUCAGAAAGCGCUGGACCUUUCUGAGUCAAGAGUAUCGUCCACACGCGAAGAAUUGAUCUCGAUCCGCGAGUCUCUGAAACGGGCUCAGAUGGAAUGCGAGCUGCUGGGUCAUGAACGAGCCGACGCCAGGGAGGUGGCGAAAAGGUCUGAGGCAACAGUGCGAGGGUUGGAGGAGAAGUUGGAUCGGGUACGUACCCUUUCGCGGUCAACAGUUGACGUUUGUAUCACUUCUCUCCCAUCCUGGGCAUAA